UUAUGUUAAUUAGUAGCUAACCUAGCUGACCGAUCGAACGAAGCAAUGGCCGCCAUUCGCGCCUCCUUCCUCCUUGCCGCCGCCGCUCUCCUGGCCUUGUGGUGCUCUGACCAUGGCGGCGUCGUCGCCUCCGAUCCGAGCCAUCUCCAGGAUCUGUGCGUCGCGGACAAGGCGUCCACGGUGCGCGUCAAUGGCGUCGCUUGCAAGGACGGCGAGGACGUCGCCGCCGAGGACUUCUUCUUCUCCGGCCUCCACAUGGCCGGAAACACCACCAACAAGCAGGGCUCCGCCGUCACGGCGGUCAACGUCGCGCAGGUCCCCGGCCUCAACACCCUCGGCAUCUCCCUCGCUCGCAUCGACUAUGCGCUGCAUGGUCUCAACCCUCCUCACACGCAUCCCCGUGCCACCGAGAUACUCACCGUGCUUGAGGGCUCACUCUAUGUUGGGUUCGUGACAUCCAACCCCGAGAAUAAGCUGUUCACCAAGGUUAUCAAUAAGGGGGAUGUGUUUGUUUUUCCUAAGGGGCUUGUCCACUUCCAGUUCAACUAUGGGACAACUGAUGCGGUUGCUAUCGUCGCACUGAGUAGCCAAAACCCUGGGGUGAUCACUGUAGCCAAUGCGGUGUUUGGAUCAAAGCCAUCCAUCACAGAUGAUAUCCUUGCAAAGGCCUUUCAAGUAGAGAAGACAGUGGUAGACCAAAUCCAAGCUAAGUUCUAAGUGCUCAGGGUGAUGUGGAUCAAGAUCAAUGUGUUUAUGGAACAGAUUAUGUUUUCUCUUCAAUUGUGUUGCGUCCUCUGUUAUUAAUUCGAUUAUAUUUUGUGUUUAUUGAG